CAGAUUCCAAAAAGAAAAAAGAAAAAUUGUUAGUAAUAAUGCUUUCUCUAUCACGUGGAGUAAAUCUCUCUAUUACGAGGAGUAAAUCUCUCACUAUAUAUAUACAAUAGAGAGAAAAAAACAGAAGAGAGAGUUCAUAAACAAUGAUCUUCAAAAAAGAGGUGUCUAAAGAAGAUGUCGAGUGUGUGGAAACAUUACUGAUGAUGAGUAACUCAAAGCCAACGCGGGAGGAGUAUAACAAACUUCAGUUAUGUAUACUUCGAAGAAACAAAAGCUCGACGAUUACUACUCCUUCUACCGUCAUGGAGUCUAAAUCCCAUAUUCACGACCACUCAUUAAGAGAAUCUCCAACAAGACGCAGUAGAAACAGACAUGAUCUCCCUCCUAUGUCUCCUCCCAUGGAACAACGAAAAUCUAAGAAGGCAAAACGCAGUACGGAUGCUUCUUCUUCCAAGACAAGAGAGCCGACGCCAGGGUGGCUUAUCAGCUUGAUGAGAAGCAAGAACGGUGGAGACGUUGAAGACAAUUCGAAGAAGAUCAUAGAUAAAGAAUUAUUCCAAACCGAUGUCGAUCCACACCAAAGUCGUCUCUCAAUACCUGUCAGCCAGAUCGUGGAGUUGGAAUUCUUGAACCACGAGGAAAAAAGGGCCAUAGAAGAAGAUGCCAAUAGGGUUCGCAAAGAAGGAGUAGACGCGAUACUCGUGGAUUCUCAUCUAAGGGAAUUUCCGGUGAAUUUGAGGUUGAGGGACAUGAGGGGCAUUCUUCUAUACAAUUUGGUUGCAGGGUGGAAUCAAGUGGUUACAGAUUGCCUUCUAGAGGAAAACACAAAUAUUCGCCUAUGGUCUUUCCACGCCGAUGAUACACUCUAUUUCGCUCUCGUUCCUCUCUAUGCCAACUGA